UAAGAAGGGUUGUUUAAGUCGUUCUGUUGUUGUAAUUAAGACAACGGGACCACCCGAUUCCCACUGCCGUCCUGUGCUGUACGUUUGUAUCCCUAUUACCUCCUAUGGUGUCCAGGACCAAAAUGCGGACAUGGGCGAGUGUGUUGGCGUUAAUAGGACUCCUGGGAGCUCUAUCCCCGACUGGCGCCGACGAAGCGGAAGCCAUGGCCAGAGACGGAUCCUUCGAAACCUGCGCGUGCGAGGACCUCACCCAGCCCUGCAUUUGCACGAAACCGGACGGAUUCAUCGUCCAGAAUAAAACAACGCAAAUUGGGAAGUACAGAGUAAACACCGGAAUACCCUCUUCUCUCGUUGUGUUCUUCAGAGGAGACGAAAUACCGAAUUUGAAUAGUUUAUGCUACGUUAAGAUCGGAAACAAUGAGUACAAAAGCAUGGACAACGUUCAGGACAAGAAUUUCGUUGUUGAUGACACGGACAGCACCGUGGAAGUAUUUACCUAUCGCUGCGACCAAAUCAGAUUAAUGUAUUAUACGUUUCCGAAAGAUUUCAACAAGACCGUCACCGUGUUGGAAAGUCCCUCAGGCAACCUCCUGGCUCCUCCAGAUCAAACAGGGUACUUCGCGUAUCAACCGAUGGUGCAGUCUCUCUGGAUCUUAGACGUAGGUCCCGUGGGCUCCAAGAUCGACCUGACCCUGAACUGGAUUGACCUCGGGACCCAAAACCCCCUCAUUCACGAUUAUACGUUGCUCAACGUUUCGAAUGGCGAUUUCCUCCUCAUCGGGGCGGGACAGGACAUUUUAGCAGGCAGAGAAACCAUGUUCUUUGGGCGUCGAGAUCAACCGCAGCGGAUUGCGAUACCUAGUAACAUGGCUCACGUUUUUUUCUAUUCUCGCUAUUCCUUCUACAACUCGACGGGUUUCAACAUUACCUACACUUCUACAGGACCCGAAGUGACGGACCCGCCCAUAUCUUCCACCACGACAGAGAGCCCGCCUGCGCCCAUCACCCUCGAGACGAACACGAUCGUGGCUGUCAACGGGCUGCCGGUGGAGGAGGGACUGGGAAACAUACCGACGUUUAGACGAGUCAUGGCUGAGAUGAGCAGCGACUACGUCAAAGAAAACGGGAUCGCUAUUUCCACCAACAACGUCACGUACAAAAUGGUUCAGAUCCUCCACCUGGCUACGUGCAACCCCUUCCAUUGCCAAGAGCAGUGCAUUGCCUUCAACUUCAGCGUGGGUGCUCUCGAUCCCAAAGGCAACUGGGUCUUCACGAAGGACGUUUUGGUGGAUAUGUUACAGAAGAAGGAUAUCAAAGAGUAUUACGAAGCGUGGGAGGAAUGCGACGAAAGGUCAAAGGUCGUGUCGUGGGUCUACAUCCUGACGGCGGUGUCUGUCGUGGUCGCCGCCGCCGCCUUGUCCCUUGUGGUGUGGAGGUGCAGCUCGGCCAACAGGAUCAAGGACUCCCGCCUGGCGUACGAACAGCAGGAGAAGCAAAAGCGAAAUGACAUGCGCCGUAGGUCUUCGGGAGACAUCUCUAUGAUCGGGAUCGGCGGCUCCAUCUCCUCCAGGGGCUCCAUGGCCUCCAGGAGGUUCACGAUGCCCUUCCCCAAGCCUGGCAGGACUGACGAAGACGAUGACGACGAACUGUAUGACAUGAGUAAUUACAAGGAGUACGACCCUGACCUCGGUCGUGUUGAUCCUCAAGAAUUUGGACUUCAGAAAGACUUCUUAACAGAUUUACACGCCGUGACGUACUUCACAAACGAGGCCUUUGCAGGGGAUGAAGACACAGAGAAAACCAUCUUCCAGAGGCAACAGGAGCGAACGGCUGAUCUCCCGGGAACAGACAGCGAAGAUUCCGACGGCGCGGCUGUUAGUUUUUCCAGUUUCAAGAAGAAGAAAUUCCCUUCUCACUUCACCUUCUCUGCUGACGUCCACGAUAAUGACGUCUCUGGGGAAACAGCUCUCUGAUUACUUCAAUCAAGCCUCCUCGCUUCCUUCUGGCGACUGUAAUCCGUGAUUCCUGCCGUUAGAUUGCCUGGUUCUUGCCGCCAUGUGAUUUUUUUUUUUUUUUAACAACAAUACGUGGCUCAGUCCUUCAUUUGCCUUUUUUACCAGCCUUUUUAAACAACCAUAUCAGGCCAGUCCUCUGGUUCUUGUAGCCAUGUGCUUUUUUUAACAACCAUACGUGGCUCAGUCCUCCAUCUGCCCUUUUUUAACUGCCUUUUUAAACAACCACAUGUGACCAGUCCUCUUUUUCUUGAAGCCAUGUGCUUUUUUUUUAACAAACAUACGUGACUCGGUCCUUCUGGUUCUUGCUGCCAGCCUCUGCUAACUCUUGGUUUGAUCCUCUUAUCCAUAACAUCUAUUCCCUUUUUUUUAUGUUUCUACUAUUUUUUUUCUUCUCCAUUUCUUCGUUUUUCUAUGUUUUAUUUUCUUUUAUUUCAUUUCUUCUUCUUCUUCUUUUUUCAUUUCUUUUUAUUCUUUCUUCUUCUCUUCAUAUUCCUCAUCUUCGUUUUUCUUUUGCUUUCCAUCUACUAUUCCUCAUCCAGUCCUCCUGCUGUCAUUCCUUCUAUCCAUGUCUCAGCUUUAAUUGAUUUCGUGUUUCGAUUAAUUCUAAUUUGGUCUUGUGGUGGACGAUUCGCUAAUGAUUAUUGAUUUUCAGUUUUCUAAUAGAAAUCUGUAUCUGUCUUUCUACAUGUAACUAUAAAUAUGAUUUAAUAUUUUUUUUUAUCGACUUUACAUGUGAAAUUGUCUGUAUUUCAUGUAUAUCAUUCACUUUUUUUCAUCUUGUGUAGUUAAAAUAUUAACAAUAGAUAGGCUCUUCUUAUAUAAGCUUUAUAAUAAAUAUUGGCUUUAAA